AUGGCUUCAAUACCAGGCGGCCGGGACCCCGAGGCGCCAGCGUCUCCUCGGUCCGACACAGCGAGCGGCCACGACACAGACACGCCCGGCCACGUCCGACGUGCCGACAAGCGCAAGUUCCUCCACACGACCGCAGCGCAGCGCCAGUGCCUCCUCGAGUGGCUCGAGCUGCCAGGCAACUUUGAGCUGCUCACGAAACCCGUGAGCGCCCAACUGAACGACCCGUCAACGGCGUCGCCCCGUCUGAAGCGGCUCAAAAAGAUGGACGGGUACCGGUCCAUGGCGCUGUACAUGAAUCAAGUGGCCCACACCGAGUGGUCCGAAAAGACUGCCCGUAGUCGGUUUGAGAGUUUUAUGGCCGCGUACCGGAAAGCGAAACGGCAGAGUCCAAACGACUUGCCCUCGUUUUAUCGGAGGGUGGACGCUCUAUUUGGCCCCGACCGAGGAGCGAGUCGAGGCCAAUUCGAAACGACUUUUGGCUCGACGUCGGACGCGGGGGCGACGAGAGAGGAAAAACUUGGAGAUGUCCCGGAUCAGCUGAUGGCUACAUCUGAAAGUACUUCGACGACGACGACGACAACGGCAACUGCUACUACUACUACUCCUGCCAAUAAUUGUGCCUUGAAUGGGUUGAGUGACGCGUCGACGUCGUCACCCUUAAGAAAGAGGGUACGGAGCUCUGGAGAGGUUGACACUGUUGGGGCAGCGGCGAAGUCCAUGAUUAUGUCGAGUCCGCUGCAAGAGCGAGCACGAUAUUCAGGAGAUGACCAGGUGUUGCAAGUGGAGAGUCAACGACUUGCACUCAAGCAGCAAGAACUGGAACUCAAGCAACAAGAGCUGCGGGCUCGACAGGAAGAGAGCCAGCAGAAACUGCGGGCGGAAGUGCUCACGAAAUUGGUGGAAGCUGGCAAGUCGCCGGCCGAAGUGCGUGAGUACCUUGCCCUCAUGGACCCAGUCGACAGGCUUACGCCGAUUCGGCACUAA